ACAAAAUUCGAGUUAUAAAAACUUCAUCAGAAUUUCAAGUGUUUUCAAGAAAACAAAGCAAAAAAGAAAAUGGCUGACAACUCUCAGAAGAUGAGCUACCACGCUGGAGAGGCCAAGGGCCAAGCUCAGGAGAAGGCCAGUGGGAUGAUAGAUAAGGCUAACAAUGCAGCCCAAUCUACCAAGGAGACAAUGCAAGAUGCGGGUCAGAAUGUGCAGGCCAAAGCUCAAGGAGCUGUUGAUGCAGUCAAGAAUGCCACUGGCAUGAACAAAUGAAGUUGCUCAUGAUGAUCAUUUUCAUGACUUUUAAUGACUUUAUAGAGUUAAUAAGAUGAUGACAAACUUUGAUUGAGUUUUUUUUUUUGUCGAACUUUGAUUGAGUUUUAUAGACUUUUAUGUAAUUUGUUUUUCUUUCUUACCUUCCGUUUGGAUGAAGGAAUUGAAAAUUGCAUUGAAUUCUAAAAGAACGGAAGACCUAGGGGUGCAAGUUGGAUUGAAAAUUUCGAUUCUGACUUAUUCAAAUCCGAAAA